ACCUUUCUAAUCCUUGGCGUUUUCUUCUGAAGUCCGAAGGUAUCUCGAGUUUUUUUUUUUCGUCUGGACAUUGGCACCGGGCGUUCGUGAAAUCGGGUCUAUAACUAUAAGAUCAAGUCGCAGCGAACGGGUUUGUUUCUUAUUCCUCUGCGAAACUUUGAGCGACCAGCACGAACACUAUGGUCUUGAAACUUUUUUGUCUUUGAGAAUUUGUAAAUGUCGAGCGCACAGUUUUAUUUAGUAUUUCGUCUGUGAUACAGUGACAAGACAGCAAUCAGUGCCAUCAUGUUUGGAUUUCGUUACAUCACGUUUGUCGGAAUAUUGGUGCUACUGCAGCACUUAAGGGAGGCUGAUUCAUUCGCUCUGCAAACGAAUGAGAAAAGAAAUGUUGACUAUCACGACGGCGACGUUAUUCAAUUAUCUGGUAAAACUAUAUCCAUAAAAAAUGUUGAAGAAGAACUCGAAGAAGCUAAUCAUGGCGGAGAAACGGCGGCCAGAGCCAAGCCAACGGCACUCACAGCCACAAUUGAUGGAAAGUUUACUGUACACUUAAUUGUCAGUGUUAAACCAGCGGAACAAGUAGUAGCAGUCCCACCCCGGGUAACUAAAAUUGGUCGACACCGCACAGGUGGAGGGCCAGUCCAAAGUCAAGCCAUUUCCAAGAGUUGCCAGAACGAGUACUGCGACUUUGCUAUGGAACUUGAACUUUUGAAACAAGUCUCGAAACCUGCGGUCGAUUCAAGUGGCGAAAUCAAAAAAGAAGAAGAAGAAGCCAAUCAAAACCAAACCAGAAGCCAAGGUCGAGUGAGAAUACCAAUCACACCUGCUGCUGCUGCCAAAAGAGAUUCCAAAUUGAGAGCUAGUCGCACUCAGGCGACUACAACCCGCUACCCGGUGCUAUCACCCUCAUCAAUCAAGCCGGUCCUCGGCAGAAGCAAAAUAGAGACGACAACAACCCGCCAUUAUCGGACUUCAUCAGCAUCUAAUAGACCAUCAGUGUCAAAUCAGGUGUUGAACAGAACAAGAACGGGUGUUGGACGCUACCAGUCGACACGAAUUCCGACCAACGCAACCCGAUUCGGUCAAAUUCGAACGAACGCUGCGACACGUAAUAAUCCACUUUCCAUAGAUUCAAGGGAAGAAUUGGUAUUGUUUUCGGAGAAAAGAAACGAAAAUGGCCCCAAUAAAUCAAGGGCACGACAAAAAGAAGGAAAAUCCCCGUCGGCGCUAUUAACCAGAUUUCAAACGACUCGAAUUCACAGGAAAAAAGUAACAGAUAACGCUGACGUCAGCGUUGGAACGAAUGAAUCGAUUCCAACAACAACGACUGAAAUAAGUCAAGUUCAAACGGCUAAUAAUAUCAGCCGCACGAACAAACCGGAAUGUAAUUCGAAUGUGACGUUUGAAUUCGAUGUGCCAAUUUUCAGAGAUUCGGUCGAGCACAAGAAGAAUGUAUCCGCCGACGAAAUCAAUGUGACUACCCCGGCAGCGGAAGAUGUCGCCACACCAAUAACAGUCGGCAACACUAUUUUUGUGAUGCCGAUACCACUGAACCGCCGAAUAAUGUCAAAUGUCACGCAGUUGGACGAACUCAAAAUAGAAUCAAUACAAAAUAAUGUCACGCAAGGGCUGCCGGUAUCAGAGAUUCCCUUAGAGUCGAUGAGUGAGGAUCUUACAACAAUUGAGGAAACUAUUCUAAACCCAACGAAGGAAACUGUGCUGAACCCAACAGAGACUGGUGUCCCCAUCGAGACGACAGAGAAUCCCAUUCCUAUUAAUUCUGAAAACUCUGACUACUUUCCAUGGGAACAGAUUGGCGAUUUUGAAUAUCAAAUCAACCCAAAAUCAAAACAAGUAGUCAAUAUUCGACUGCUACAAACAACGACGACGACUACCGCAUCUUAUAAUCCAGUUACUAAAUCAUACGAGGAACAAGGAAAUAAUUCAAGUUUGAACGAACCGCAAGGGCAACAAGAUAACUUGGAUGUCGAGUUGGGAACUGCCGCAACUACUUUGGAGAUACCAGCCACAACGGUUAUCCCAACACAAAUGGUAACAAUAACUCCUACUGUUAAACUACCUAUACCGUUAAACCGCAGGAAGCCAAUAGAUGGCACGCAAUCGGAUAGAGUCGAGACUCCUUUAAUAGAGCCAAGCCGAGAAAUUGUUAUUAUUCCGGCUAGACCCAUGGAAAUCGUUGAACCGGAGCAAACGGCGAUUUUUGCCGAUAACCCAACGUCCACUACUCAAAAGCCAGAACUUGUUACACUGUCUAGCGAAGCAACAACCGAACAGGUAGUUAAUGGAUUUACUGAAUCGGCUACUACAAUUUCUGUCCAGCAAACGACGAUUCCGGAAAAUUCACAAAAGACAGAGAUUUAUUCCAGCGCUGAAAUUGAAAAAGGCCAAGAUAAUUACAGGAAUACAUCCAUAGCGGAGGUUAUUCCAACAGAAUCGGGACCUGCUAUUAUUCCACCAUCAAUACAUCGCAUGGAGGAAAAAGAUAAGGAAUCCUACGUCGUUGAAAAAAUUAAUUUGGAAUCCGCCAGAGAAGUCGAACCCAUUACGUCAACUGCUUCCGGAAUUCCCAUUCAAACGACAACUACCUCCAGUCCAAUACCGGAACUUUCUGAUCCAACAGAAGACUUUCCAUGGGAGCAAAGACACGAUUACGAAGUUCAAGUGAAUCCAACCACAAAAGAAAUCGUUAACGUUCGCCUGUUGACGACAACAACCCCAAAACCACUUGUAUCUAUCGAUAAUUUUGACGGGACUUUAAAAUCUGACAAAAGUCUCCUGACGGAUGAAGAACAAGAUGAGCUCACCAUGGAAGUACUAAGUCGAAUUCUCGAACGCAAUGGCAAAAUCCGAACGCCAAAAGUUGGCGAUAAAUUUUUCUCCGGCGUGAAAGUACCGGGAACACGCGUCGCGGUUACAUCGUCCGAUCAAACAAAUAAAAACGCGGCGGCCCCACCCAUCAGGACUGUGGUGGUGCCCAACAAUCAUCGUGAUCGAACAGCUCACGGCCGCAAACCGAUUUUCAGCCACUCGAGCGAAGACGGCGUUUUUUAUUUCCGCUACGCCAAUGAUGAAGAUCCGUCGAACGCGGACAACCGGAAACCAAAAUUGAAUAUCGACGCGGAUGAUGAAAUAAGAGAAACUGAUUGGAAUACCCGGCGGAAUCACGUGCCAGUGAGGGACUCCCCUUAUUUCUAUUACGUCCAAGAUGGCACCAACUCAAGCGCACUGGUCAAAGCUUCUUGUUACGUUCUAUUCUUAGUCGCUUGUGUUUUGGUCGUACUUUAAUAUAGUAAAAUCUAUUUAUCUGUACUUAAUAUAAUUGUCCUAUUUUUACAGUAUUUUUUGUCAUUUGUAAGAAUAUCUCUAUCGCCAUAUUUUUCACCUUGGAAGAAAGCAUUGGGCAAGAUAUCAUAAAUUAUGUUGAAGGUGCAUUUGAUUAAUUUACAAUUACAUUUUUUUUUAUUCGGAGAAAGGAAGGUUAUAUUGAACGCAGUCCUAAUUAUUGUACAUUGAUUGAUCCAGUUAUGUGUUCCGCGUACGUUCGAAAAUAUACUUCAAUCAAAGCCAUGACAUCCAUAAUUUUAAUUCUUUUUACCUUUAAACAUUAUAAUAGCAACCGAGAAAGAGAAAUGAUAUAAUUGAAUUGCAGGAAGAAAGUUCAGAUUUAUCAAUGAUACUUUCUGAUAUACCGCAGCGCGAUUAUUGGCAGGGGAUGACGCAUAUUUACUUCAUAUUUUUCAAAGUACCAAACUCGAUCGCUACAGGGCGCAGCCAUGGAUAAGGAAAGUAAAUGAUUGACGCUUGAGCGCAGGUUUCAGAAUGCGGAAUUAUUCACCCCCUUUUGUUCUUGUCCUCUGUAUUGAUCGUUUCGCUUGAUCUACUUUAGUUAUGCGUACAAAAAAAAAAUUGGAUUAUUACAUUUUGGCGUGACUUCCUGCCUUUAUGAAUUCAUCGAUUAAUAGACAAAUUUUUUUCGACAGGAUCAAGUACACACUCGAUGGGUGGAGUCACUGUUUCAUUCAAAACGACCUUCUCGAAUUGAGGACUGUACAAAUGAAAUAAACGAGACAACAGAAAAACAAAUUUCAUCUUGUUUUUCUCGUAUUUAUUUCAUCACUCGACCUUACUAUUAUUAUUCGCCUCUACAUUUUUCAGCCUCGCGCUAUUCCCUUUGCUUAUUUGUCUUGUUUACUCCCCCCCCCCCCACUACACCUCCGAUGUAGCGUGUCAAAAUAAAUACUUUUGAUUUCAUUGCCAGACUUACACCUAUUGUAUGGCGUGUAGUGCGCAGCCGAACUGGUCUAAGGUUAAUCGUAAAGAGCACAGCAGCUGGCGUCUCAACUGACGAAUGACUUGAAGGAAUGCCAGCAGAAAACUCUCUGAGUUUCCGAGGUCAUCCAGUUCUAGUUCCUCUAUCGUUAUAGUUCUUGUUUGUUUCAUUUCCUAAAAAAGGAAUAAGCUACAAGUAUGUCCGAUGGCUCUUUUAAGCUGCCAGACUUCUUGUUGAUACGUUUCCAGUGCAUGUUACAUUUUUUUUUGUUUUUUUCGUUCCAUAUUUUUUGGCCAAAAGUCUCAAGGAAUAUUCGUGAUGCUAUUUGCCUUGAAUCAAACGUGCUGCAUCAUACCCUAUAUGUAGCGCAGUCAGAUUAAUUGACGGAAAGAGGAAAUUGAUUUCCUGGCCAAAUUUCAAAAGUCAUUGGCAAAAAAAAAUGAUUUCGACUUUGGAAAAGUUUGAUUCGUGAGGCGAAAUAAACAAGUUCUCUUAUUGAUACCACCUGGUAGCACCUUCGGAAUCACGCAACACAACAUGUUUUCCCCGAGAGUAUAGGUAACCUUGCCCAAUUACCAAGGUCUUGCAUAAUUCGAUUUUUCCGUGUCAGGAAUCGAAUAAAUACGCUGGCGUCACUGUAGAGGAGCAUAUUCUUUCAGCGAUAGUUCAAGUGACUACAACACAAAUUUCAACAUGCGCACUUUCAGUCAUAUCAUGCUUGUCGGAGCUGUGGUGCUCUUGAGUCAUUUCAAAGGCUCUGACUCCUUCACUCUCGACCGCAAUGUUGUUGACGCAGACGAUUCUCUUGAGGCUACAACGGAUUCUCUGGAGACUAGCACAGAUAGCGGCUUAGAUAAUAGUCUGGAACACAUCAAUCAAACCUCGACCGAAGACAAUUCGCUGGAAGCCAAGAAAGUGAAGCGCAAUGUCCAGCCUACAGUUGCUGUCGUCGGCGACUACGAUUAUUUUUAUCAGGAUUCGAUCGAAUCGACCACCGUCGACGACGUCUCGCUGGAGGACAUUCUUGAAGCCGGACUGAUGGGCCAGCAGCCGCAAACCACCGUCACUCCUAACCUCAUUCAGGUUGCUACGACGCCCGAUGAUGAUCUUUACGACGACCUGGUCAACAGCACGGAGGAUCUUCUCGACAGCCCAAACGACACCUCAUUGGAAACGAACGACGAUCUGAUCGCUAACCCCGUUGCUGCUGCCGCUGCUGCUCCCGCUUUGCCAUCGCUGUCAAUUUUGAACCACCUGCCCGUCAUCGGAGUCUUCUCUCAUCCGGCUGACGACGAUUUGUACUUUGUCAAGCAGUAUAUGGGCGAUUAUUACUUUUGGGAAAUGGGUGACGAUUAUGCCAGAAAUUAUUUCGCGCAAACGGUCAAAGACACGACGACAUUUGAUUUCUUCGAGACGCCAAUCAAGGUGAAUGCCGACCAAUUUACUCAAUUUACACCCGUGAGAUCUCUGCCGGCUGCAUUUUAAGAUCUUAAGUCAUCUCUAUACCUGAUUCGGUGGCGAAUGAAUUCGUUGUACAAAAAAAUGUCAAAUUCUGUGUUGUUAUUACCUGUUUGUACAAAAUUGUUUCUGCUUACUAUUAUACAGUUGGUUUUCUUUUUUAUCAAA